AUGACCAGUCUUGCCACUGUUGCCACAGAGCCGUACACUCCCUGGCCUCUCCCGAUCACCACCUCGAUUUUCACCUUCCUGAAGGUUGUGGUUCUCUUCCGAGAUAAAGGGUCAUCCACGACAAGAUUGUCAUCGAGUGCGGCAGAACGCACUAGCGACUACGUUCGCCUGCAAGAAGCUCGCGACGCCGAAUCCCGCGGUGUGUCCGAUGGUAGGCAAGCACCUAUUUUGGAUUAUGGAAUGUCGGGGAGAGGCCGAAUAGGGGCUGGGGAGCAAUUCGGCAGCGUACGGCCAUGUGCGAAAAAUGAUGAUUAG